AUGUCGACGACACAGCCUUGCGUUAUUACCAGCAAUCCGGACGUGUCCGGUAUCGGGGUUCGAAUCUCAGUAUACGUGAUGACACUUUUCGCGAUCCUCCUCGACAUGCUCGGCGACGAGCAGCUUCAGACAUGGAUGCGCACACGGCUGUUCAAGCGGCUGAUCGGCAAGAACCGUUUGCGAGACGACUACAAAGCUUUGCACGACUCAUUCCGCAACACGCUGGGAAUAUCGGGGAUAACGAUGGUGAUGACAGCGAUCGUGCAGUCCGGGCUGCAGCAGCUCUCGCUGUUCCACGCAAUCUGCCUCAUGUUCUACAUCCUCCUGAUCUUCGUCCCGUUCUUCUUCGGCUGUCUGCGCAACCCGAGCGAGCGCGCCACGAUGGCCCUGUAUGUCAUCGCGAGCCUCGCCUGCGAAGGGUGGAUGCUCUACUUCGUGCUGAACGCGGAUACGUUCGGCGGCGCGUGCAAUGCCGAGGUCUGGGCAGCCACCGCGCAGUAUAACGGCCGCGGGAUCGAUCGCGGCGGGCUCAUGGGCGUCACGAUCACGCUCAUGGUGUUCAGCGUGCUCACGCUCCUAUACGUCGCCUUCCCCCGCGCUAAAUGCACAAAGAAUUUGUGGGAGAAGCGGCAGGCGUUCAAGACUGGCAUCGAUAGGGCGCUCAUGCUCCUCAUCUUUGCGUUCUGGGCGUACUUUGUCGUCUGGAUCGAGAGCAUUAUCACGAAGUCCAAGUCGAAGGUCACCGCCGGGGAGGCCGAUUGGACCUUUGGCCAGAUGCUCGCCAUUGCGACCCUGCUCGGCCCGGUGUUUGAUUUCAUCUCCCUGGUGUAUAAGUGGUACCGUGAUGAGGAUCCGAUCGUUGAGCCGGGGAUGCAGGGAGGUCCACCCGAGGAGGAGGAGGGGGAGACGGAGACGGAGGAUUUCGGGCAGUUGCAUCUUACCACGGGAGGAUCGAGUAGCGGCGAGAAGUGCAAGGUCGAACAGAGUCCUGUGUGA